AUGGAUCGGGUGGAUUUUACCGAAAAAUGCCAAGAGGGAAUCAGAGAGGCUUGUUCAAUGUUGCGCAAUUCUUGCGAACCAACCGUGUUUCUGAAUCCUCUUCCUGACCACACACAUUCAUAUGAAAGUGAUUUUGGCAGAAUGUUAUAUACUAUUUCAAUUCUACUCAUGUUCUCAUUUGUUAUCAUUUUGUUAAUGAUUAGAUCUAUCCGAAGAACACACUCUACUGUCGAGAUGGACGCUCUUUUGGAUGCUAUGAGAUUUCGCGAGGAGCUUGAUAUUCGGGAUCGCCAACGAAGAAGGCUGAUGAAGGCGAAGACGAAAGUGACCGCUUGGCUGAAUCGCACACAAAAUAACAAUUCCGAAAAACCACCAGUUGUUGUUCGAAAGGAAAAUGAGUGGAAGGAUGAGAAACCAAGGCAGCGACAAAAUCAAAGCAUUUCAACGGUGGCAUCAGAGAUUCCAGAAAUCGUUGUGAGUAACGAUGAUUGCGUCACAGACAUCUAUCCGCGUCCACACACCCCAGCAAUCUCGCUUAUUUAUAACUUCGAAGAGGAAGAACGGUAA